CAAAUUUGAUUAGCAAAGUACGAACUCAUUGUGUGAAAACAAAUUAUCGUUUUUGUUAUAGCUCGUAAAAUUCUUAAUGAUUAAAUAUAUACAGUUUUAAUGUAUAUUAUAUUCUGUGAGAGCCUACCUGUAAUAUCUACAUUGUAAAUGAGUAAGCCCAGAUCUAUGGUUCUUGCUGAAAGUUUAUAUGAAAUCAAACAGCGUUAUGAAGAUACUGCUUUAGUUUUGUUCAGAGAAAGACAAAAUAAGCCACGCCCACUUAGCUAUCUCAGCAUUGGAGAGAGUAGAAAGUGUUAUGCAUAUAGUUGCCAUGGAAACUCGGCUGUGGUAGUCUAUAAGAAAGGAAAUAUAUUGACAAAAUCAGAUGAAAAAUCAGUCGAAAGUCAGUUUUGUGUUAUUUUAUGAAUACAUAUUAAAGAUGUUUUGUCCUUUUUUUUUUUUUUGUUCUAAGAGAUACGAUCAUUCCUUUUUAUCACUGAUACUCGAGUGAGUGUAAUCAUUCUAGUCGUUAAAAAAAUAAUGUUUGACAUUGGAAAUGAUCAGUGUGUGUGGAAACAGUUGACUACACGGGGAAAUACUCCAUCAGGUAGGGUUGGACAUGGUUGUGUUUUCAUGUCAUCCUCUGAAUCUAUGUUUAUAGUUGGUGGAGCCAAUCCUGAGUGUACCUUUAGUGACGUUUAUUGUCUUGAUUUGGAUGGUUUAACUUGGACAGUUGUUGAAACUGUAGGAUUUCAUGGACGCUACGAACACGCAAUAGUUAAAACUGUUCACCCCAAACCUGGUAUUUUGGUAUUUGGUGGAGCAGAUACUAAAGGCAACAAGAACAGUAUUCAAGUUUUGGACUUAAAAACAAAAAUUUGGGAAACCAUUCAGGUAAAAGGAUAUGUGCCAUCUCCACGCACCCACCACUGUGUAGCAGCCACAGAUAAAACUCUGUUCAUUUUCUCUGGAGGUAAUCUUGGUUCUCAGCCUGUGGUGGACGAAGAUGUAUAUGUAUUUGAUCUUCCAUCUUACUCGUGGAACAAACUUAGCGUCAGUGGCACCUGUCCCCCUCCUAGACUGGGUCACAUACUGGUUGCUGUGGCAGACCAACUCUACCUGCAUGGGGGUAUGGUAGGGAGCAGUUUUUAUGACGACCUCCACGUUCUUGACUUUUCUACGUGCAGGUGGAAAAGACUUGAUCCAAAAGGAUGCGUUCCCACAGGACGAGCUGCUCACGGCGCAGUUGUAGUAGAGAAAGACUUCUAUAUAUUUGGUGGACUUACCAGUGGAGGAGGAGUAGUAGAGGAUUUGUACAGAUAUGAUACGAGUUUGGAAACAUGGUUCAAGAUUAACUGUGGAGAUCAAGUUCCUCGUGGCCGUCUAGAUUUUGGAAUUUGUCUCGUGGAAUUGCCAUCAGGAAAGGAUGAGAAGAAGAAGAAGCAGUGUAUUUUAAUACACGGAGGGAUGGAUACAAAUGGCAAAAUAUUUGACGAUACUUGGGUCUUUCCGCUGUAGAAUUCGACAGUUCCUGAACCAAAGGCUUAUUUACACAUUAUGUCAAAAUACAAUGCUCAUGUAUUUAGGCUUUACCUGUAAUUUUGUAUAACACCUGGAUAAUUAAGAUGUCCUGUUAAUGGCUACCAUAACAUCAAAAUGUUCGCAGUCAACUCUAAUUUCUUUUUGUUGUUUUUUUUGCAAUAUAUAGAUAUUUUGCAACAACUAAAAACUUUAAAACUAUAUGACAGUAACAUUGUCUUUUUGAGAAGUUGUGUCAUAAAAUUAUAACUUGGAGCAGGUGCAUUUUUGGGGUCUGUCUCGUAAUGAACACAAAGAGAAUUUCGUUUCUGUGCAGAACAAGUAUCUGCCCUCACAACAACUGAAAAACAUUAGCUUGAUAAAUAUUGAUUAGCAGGCACGACAUCAACUUCUUAUGCCAUACAACUGCUUCGGGUUUCAAUGUUGAUGUGAUCAAACAUAAAAUGGCCGAGUUUCAAUCUGAAACCUACAAAAUAUGCAUAUCAACUAAACUGAUCUGUAAUAAAUUGUACUGUGAUGUACAUUAAAGUUUUCAAGCUUCUUUUUAAAAAUAAACUUAUUAUGGCUUUUUAUACACAUUGCUACGUAUGACCUCCAGGUGGCUGGUAACUUUGUGAUUUUUAAUUUUAUAGUAGCAGCUUAAAAUCAUACGAAUAUUUGUAAUGCAUUCCUAGGUUAAGUCUAGAAGGUUCUAGUAUGAAUUUCAUGCACCAGAUUGUGGUUAAGUCUAGAAGGUUCUAAUAUGAAUUUUACGCACCAGAUUGUGGUUAUGUCUAUAAGGUUCUAGUAUGAAUUUCACGCACCAGAUUGUGGUUAAGUCUAGAAGGUUCUAGUAUGAAUUUCACGCACCAGAUUGUGUGGAUUGGUUGUUGUUGUUUUUUUGGCUUCAGAUGCCAUUUGAUGUGAUAAGUAUUAUAAAAUACUUUUAAGGAUAGCUAUUUUAAUGUCGAUAAGUUAGAAAGUACUUGUUUCAACAGAUUCUGUUAAUAAAGAUAUAACUAUAUUUUACAAUGCUGUUGCAGUUCACUGGGACAUUAACAUGUUUUUUUAGAGAGAGAUAUGGGCAUUAUAUGCCGAAAAGACACACUACGGCAUAUUAGAAAUGAACGUUUUGUUAAAACACAAAGCUUCAAAAUGGACUUAUUUGUUAGAUGUACCCAUGACCUUUCAAGUUCAGCUUCAAAUGAGUAAGUUAAGAAUCUAUUAAGAGAUAAAGCUGUAUCUUAGAAGCAUCCAUACUGGGAUUGAACCCAAAUUUUAGCACUAAGCCCUCUGGCCAAUAGAAGAAGAAGACUAAAAAUUUGAGGUAUUUGUUUAUCCUUCUAUUAAAUGAUGUUACUAUGUAUUAAUCUUUAGUGAAGGUGGAAUUUCAUUAGACAAAAGAAUGUCCUGUUGUUUCGUAAAUGAAAAGCUUAUAGAAACUAUAUUUUCAUUGUACGUCAGUGUUCAGUAGCUCUACAGUGAGAUCAGACUGCCCAGAAUAUUUCUCACGUGGUUUUUAUCUGUGACUGUGCAUUUAUGUUGCAUAAUUUAGAUUGAAAAAAAAAAAAUUGACAUUGGUAAAUUUACCCAUUUCACAUAUAGGUGUCAGACUGCGCAGCAUGAAAGUGUAAAAAAAGAAAAAAGUACAUAAUAGGCAUUACAAUAGUUGUGUUGUUUAAUGAUCAAUGUUUUAUCUGAAAAUGUACAAGACUUUCCAAAGUGUAAACAAAUCAUUCUGAUGUGUCUUAUCCUAUGGUAUGUGAACUGACAAUAUACAUUGCUUCUGCUAUAUGUGUAAGUUAAUUAGACACAGAGAGGGGUGUUGAUCCUAUGAUAAUGAUAAAAAGUUUGAGUGUCUAAGCCUUACAACCCUACGACGUUAUACAUGAUGGCACUGGUUAUGUCGGAGCUUCUCUUUUGACUGUACGUAGAACACGACUUCCGAGAGCUUGUUGAGCAGCCCAAAGAUGGUAGUCCGUGGGAGAUGUCUGCUAAUGGUAUGGUAUUAAUUUUCUUUGUACUUGUAUCUUUUCACAGGAAGUGGCACACUGAUGUGGACAUUUUGCUGGAUGCCUUGUUUUUAUGAAUUAAAUAUAGGAGAAGUAUUUCUUUGCUUUAUAGUGGUGUCAGCAUAAAAGUAUUCAAAGUUAAUUAUAGCAUUUUUGUUGACUCUCCAGAUAAUUAACUUACUACUACAACCAUAAAUCCACUCUUUGAAAAUUGUUUGCGACACUCAGUGGAUGCUUCUUCCAGUGUAACAAUAUACGUUUAUUUGUGACAUGCCAGAUUUUGCUUUUACAACUUUUAAUUGUUGGUCUUUCAUUUAGUUGUGUUUUUGGAGAAACACUGGCUGUUUUUGCUCUUGUAGAAGUCAAUCUGUGUGAAUUAUUUUAUUUACAAUGCCAAGUGAAGUCCCUCAUUUAACUGCAAUGGACCACUGUGCUUUGGUUUUUUUGUGGCCAGAUUUUUAACUUUUCUCCCUGCCUCCAGUGCGUGCAUGUAGCUGGUAGCCAGUCAUGGAGUAGCUUUUUUUUCCUGUUUUAAUCACAUCUUUAUUUUACUGAUAAGGUUCAAUGCUGCAGGUAUCUGUUUUUUUUUUGUAAUACAGCUUUACUUAUAAUAACAGAACAAUAGAACUUUGCAUCAGAAGCCCCUGUAGUUACAAGUAUCCUUCCCAGAAGGAGCCAAUUUU